CCUCAAUUUACUGUUAACAUCUUCCGUCCGCAUCUACUUGUUCAUACUCGUGGAAAAGGGGGCGUCUUCCCCGGCUACGUGCCCAUUUAACCCGUCAACCAUAUCCGACACGCUUCCUGCCACACUACCUCCUAAAUCAUCAACUCUCUUGAAUAACCUCACAGGGUUGUUCACCUAGGUCUUCAUAAGGAUGUCAGGCGGUCGCUCGACUUCACCCAUCUCUGUUCCUCCACCAUCCCGACAGCGUCGGGCUUCCUUGGCGUCAGGCCUUGGCCUAGCUGAUUAUCUGUCGAAAUCCGGGAAUCAAGGGACCACCUCAAGUGUUCCAACGGGUCCAAUGGCUAGUGCUGUAGCCAACGCACAGUCGCACCAUGGGCGACGGCUAUCCAUUACCACGCUAGGGCUUUCAGGCUCACCAACCCAGACUUCACCGUUUGGGGGCAGAAACUUGCGACAUGGUAGCGUGUCCAGCUCCAUGGGAUCCAACCCCGCGAGCCUCGAGGACGCCGUCAUAGAGGAUAAUGAAAAUGGCCCUCCUAGUGCCACCCCGAGCUCUCCGUUCGCACGGAGAGUUUCCUUUGGCGCACAAGCAUUGCGAGAUGUCCGCGGAGGAAGCACAGGCAAUGGUAGAUAUCCCUCUCCUAGGUCACCCAUGGCUGGAGGGCGCUCAUACGCGUCGCCAGUCAGCUGCACUUCUGUCAAUACCACCGCUGUUUCAAUAGCUGCAAGUACACAUAAAGUGAUUCCUGAGAACGAUAGAUCUAACCCGUCUUGGCGACCAUUAGGCGAAGGCUUCAAUUGGUCCGAAGCUCUUCGAAACCGCGCCGAGCGUGCCCCGUCGAUUGGAAACAAUUCCUCAAAUGCACAUCAAGGACAACAUACAGCAAACACGGUUCAGUCGGGACAGCAUCAGCGAGCGGCCUCCAUUGCUUCAAUGGAACAACCAGCCCGGGAGAUGCCCAAGCAACCCCGGCAAACUAAACCGGACUUCUUUCAGGAGAAAAUACUCCGUGGAGAUUUCAUGGAUUAGGCACGCGGACUGAAGUUCUUCCUACCUCUUCGUUCCUGUCUAG